AUGAUUUUUUUAUCAUCACUAAAGUGGGACGCUAAUACACUUCACCGGCUCCUCGAUCUGCAUUGCGCCACAAACAGCGGUUUGGGAGGUCCCAAUUUCUUUGAAAACCUCCCGUUCACUGAUCGUGGAUCUCUUCCAGAGCCGGAGGAGCUAUAUUACUCAGCAGAAAAUCGUGUGUUGGAAAAUCGGAGAAUCUCUAAGACUUUAAAAACCCCUGUUGUCGUGCUUGAGGAAUCUGAAAAUGUGGAAGAGGUUGAAGAUGCAGAAGAGUUGGAUAAAAACGAGGUGGAAAAGGCGAAAAUGGACUCGGAAGAGGUGUUAUCGGCUGAAUCCUCUUCCUGGCACAAAGGCUGUAUAGCUGAACAGCUCUGGGCAGCUCACAGCAACAUUCUCCGAUCGACCGCCGCCUAUGCAGCUAUGAUUCGCGGCGCCGCUCGUUUUGGUGCCGCUGACAGAGCCUGGGAAUUAGCUGAAGAGGCUAUUUCUGCGUCUCAUAAACUUCCUCUUCCUGUGUACAAUGACCUUCUCCGCUGUGCACAUGAAUGCAACAAUACUGAUGAUGUAUGGCCUCGUCUAUGCCAAGGUUUUGAACUCCUCAGGAACGCCAAAUUAUUCCCCAACGUCACUACUUUCACUUUCGCCCUUUACUCUCUCUAUAAGAGCAAUGCCAAAGCAUUAAAAGGCGACAAGUCUCAGGACUAUGCAGAUAAGGCCCUUGGGUUGCUAUCUGAAGCUCGUCGUCUAGGCAUCCAACCCACUCUUGGUCUCUACGCUAAUCUCCUUCGUACCGUCUACAUGUCACGCCAUGCACAAUCUGGAAGAGGUUAUCGCCUGGCUGAGUUGCUAACAGAAAUUCUAACAGAUCUUGAGACUCGCUGUUGGGAGGAGAUAAGUCGAGCCGACGUAUUUAAUAGCACGGAUGAUUACGAUUUUGCCAACACUGCUAUGAUCUGUGCCACUGCUGACCCUUCAUCCGCCUUCUCUCUCCAACUGGUGCAAAGAGUCUAUGACCUCCUACAUACUCGGUGCGGCGAUCGACGUUUCUUACUUCGAAAUAGUUUGGAGGCGAGAAACUUCUACUCGCGAUAUCUCUUGACGAAGCUACUACAUGGAGGUGGGCGAGUUCAUGAUUUGAGAGACCUUUACCGUCACCAUCGACAGAUAUUCCACGCCGAUCAGGGCGUAUACAAGGUCCUCCUUCAUCGAUUAAAGGGUGUGAUAGCGAGAUGGGAGGAGACUUUUGAAGAUUUGAAAAAAGGGGCUGCAGAAAGAAAUGGAAUUGAUAAAGAAACACUGGACACUCUUGAGUCAUCGGCCUCGCUGGCCUUUGAGGUAUUGGGCGAAAUGGUCUUUGACUUUGUAGCUAUUACCACGAAACUGCCGAGAAGGCUUCCUGUGUACAUCUCCGACACUUUGAUGCCCUUCUACUUUGUUGAUCCUUGGUGUGAAGUGCGCUCGCCCUUCUCCCACUGUCGUCAUCCGCUGCGAGCUAUUUCAGAAGCGGGCAGUCGGGCUGCCUACCGGGCAGCAGCAGCGUUUGCAGAAUUAUUAUGUUGCCAGGAUUCGCCCACUGCUAUUACCACCUCGACCGCCGCCAGUCCUCUUCUCUCCACUGCCGAGUUUACUGCUCUGGUCCGAAUGGCCCUCCAUCCUACUGCCUUCAACACCGGGGCUGACGCUCAACAAACUGUGGCAGAACGAGAGACAAAUGAACGUGCUCUUGCAUGUGCCAUCGACUUGAUAAUGGCCUCUUGUAGAUCUGUGGCCACUUAUGGAACGCCUGUCUCUGAUGUGGCUGCAGUGGAAGUACUGCGCUCAUGCUGGCAUACGAGUUCUGAAGUGAUCACGUGGGUUGUGUAUUUAACUUUACUUUUACUUAUUGUUGUAUAA